AAGUUCGUCUGCACUACAACAGCAUUUGUUCCAAACGAAACCCACAUAAUUGGUGAAAAUAUUUUUGUGAAAGUAACAAGAAGACGAAAAUGCGGGUUUCCUUGCUCGCCGCCGCUCCCGCGGCGGUAGCGGCGAGCAGCGGCGUCAUGAAGGUCGUCAAGCUGUUGCAAGACACAAAGAGCGAACUCCUGAAGGAAAGGAAAACCCAAGAGGACGAAUACAUGAAACUGGAUUGCGUGGUGAAGAAAACGAAAGAGGAGAAUGCAAAACUGCGGGAAGAAAACUCGGCAAGUACUACUGAUGAUGAUGAACUUAAUACUGCUUUCUAUAGCUUUCUCUUUGUGUCUGUGAAAUGUCUGCUUUCUCUGCGCCCACCGCUGCUGGUGCGUCGAACUAAGUCGGAAAAUUUGUAAGUGUAAAUUGUAAUGGUGGAAGUGAACUUCUUCCGCUUUCUGCGCGACAACUUCUUUCUCUUUCCAUGCUGGUGGAAGUGAACUUCUUCCUCUAGUAGACCCCCACCUUUUCCUAUCUACCCUUGUAGCUUCAUCUGCAUGUAGAUGUACUACGGAGGAAAAAAUUGCUUCUGCACUGUAUUUUUUCCUUCUGUUCCUUCAACUUGAAGGACGAAUGUUAGGAGAUCAAUCUCGUUGAAACACUUUUUUUGACUAAAAACUCAAAACAGAAAUCGGUGAUAUCGACAACGAGUUGGCAUUAUUGGAGGGUGGUAAAACCCUCACCGAUGAGGGUGAGAUGUAUGCGGCAAAAAUCGACGAGAAAAACAAGGAGAUCGCAAAAGCAGAGGAAGACCUAGCGGCAGAGAAAGCAAAAUAUGACGCAUAUAUGGCCGAUUUGAAUGCAGGCAUUGUUGCCCUUGCCGAUGCAGAAAAGAAAAUACAAGGACAAAGUACGAAGAACGUGUUGAUAGAGUUGAUUUUCUAAAUUUUCUAAAUCGAGUUCUGGUUCGAGGUCCUGAUCAUGUAAUUUUUGAAACUUCCAGUUAUGAUUUCGUACCUGCUGAGGAUGAUGUCUUACUGAGCAUCAGGUCGAUUCGUUCUUUGAUGUGGUUGUUUAUCCUGGCGACGAAAAUUUAGAAGUAUCCCGCUUCUCCAUUACCAACCAUACAGCCGUCCUCGUGCAGCAACGAACACUUAAGCAGUUGCUGUCCCAAAGUAAGCUUGUUCUUCCAAGUCAGCAGGUCGCACUCCUCAAAUACCAGCAACAGCAAGCCCCAGAGGGAUAUAAUUAUGCCUGAAUCAAAUUACCUCCUACUUUUUCAUUUUUCAAAUUCUACAUGCGUCCGACUGUGAGUCAAAUUUUUGUGUCAUUUCUUGGGAUUAAUUUUUACCUAUACUAUCAAAAAGUAACACAGAGAGCCUUACGCCACAGUACCAUGCACCACCAUUUCCUCUCUAAUCUUCAUCACAAGUCGGCUCAAUAGUGGAGCUGAUUCAGACACUCAAAAACGAGUACAAGAAAGAGCAAGUCGACACCACUCAGCAACACGAGAAAGACGUGGCCGCACAGGAUGCUCUCAUUAAGGAGCUGAAGGAAGCCCUUAGCGGCUUGCAGGAACAGCAACAAGCAGGCGAGGGCGAGGCAGCCGCGAAGGCACGAAGGACGCAAGAGUUGAACGAUUUGAAGUCGACUCUGGAGAAGGAAAUCGAAGAUGCAGACGUACCUUACUAAGUUUUUGCGGAAUAUCUGAUAGUGAUACUGAAACGUAUAGAUGAGAGAUUUAGAUUUUUUAGAUCUUCAGUUUCUCUUUGUAUUACGAGCAGACGCGGACCCAUGAUCAUAUCAAUUCUCCCUCUCACCCUCCUCCUCAGGCUGAAGACAAAGUUAUGGAAGAAAACAAGACAAAGCAGGAUGCCGAGUAUGAGACCUUCACCAACGACUCCAUGGCUCAGGAAGAUGCUAUCGAUAAGGCCAUCGCUAUCCUCCACUCCGACGACAACCGAGAUCUCUUCCAAAAGAAUGAGGAUGACAAGAGCGUGGAAGUCAGCUUCCUGCAGCAGAGGAGCGCGGAAAACAGCAAGUUUAUGGAGAACUGAUGUUGAAAAAGAACUGAGUAGGGUAUAUUUGUUUUAUCUAGUCAUUGACUUGACAUCUUUAGAUUUUCAUUCUCUCGUAACCUACUCAGAAAAUCUAAAGAUGUCAAGUCAAUGACUAGAAGAUAAAACAAAUACCAUGUCAAGUCAAUGACUAGAUAGAACCUUGUCAAGUCAAUGACUAGAAGAUAAAACAAAUACCAUCUGCCUAACUAAGGAAGAUAGGAGAAAUAUGGAGCUUCUAGGCUCCUAUCUGUACACCCUUCUUUCUAAUUUCUUCCGCAGCAUGAAGGAACUCGCUCUGAUGCGCGAGCGCGAGACCGCUAUUCAAGUCCUCAUGUCCGCCAUCGCUGACCAGGUAACCGAACUUCGCGACGAAAAGACCUCUAUUCAGACCUCCGUGGAGCACUGCACAGCCGACGCUAAGAAGCUUUUAGAGGAUGCGAAGACGGCAGCUGAACAGAUGGACGGACAGGAUGCUCAGAUCCGCGCAUCCACGGAAAUUAUCGCUCAAGAAAACGCGAAACAGGAGACAUUGACGAAGGAAAUCGAGGAGCUGAUGGAGGAGAAGAAGAAGAAGACCCAAAUCUUCCUUGAGAGCAAGUCAGAGUACUUCUUUGGAUUUUCAUUUUGAUCUAAUAAUUCACGAAAUCUGAUUCUUAUUUCGCUCAUCGAAUUGUUGUUCAUCUGAAGAGGGUCCUUUGAUGUCCUGUUGGAAACCAGCAACAUUACUAGCAUUUCCCGGUUAACAUCUCAACUCCAUCAAUCAAAAUGAUCUGGUGGCGAGCAUCAUCUCCAACUUCACCUCAUUCAGUCUCGAGGCCAUCAAGGCAGACCUCGAUUUAGCUGUCGGUGAAGUUGGCAAGGCUAUCGUUGAGUUGCGCAAGUACAAGCCGGAUAAGUCUACCCGCUUCAACGAGGGAUCUAAGGGUGAUUUGACGAAGAAAACCUCCAACCCGUUGGCGCCAGUCAUCACCAUGCUGGACGGCAUUGUCACCCAGAUGAAGAACGAGAGCAAAGACAGGACUACGCAAAUCACCGACCUCACAACUGAGCAAAAUGAAAUGGUCGCCACGAUCGGAAACGCAAGUGAGAAGGAGGAAAGCGGUACUUUGGGAUUGAGUUCGAGUUCAUUGACAAUGCAUCUACAUCUAAAUUGAGGCUGGUAUUGAUUGAAGUGUCGAGACUAAUUAAUUUUCUUUCAAUGUAUGAUGUGUGUCGUGUCUGAUAUGAUGGAUAUACCAAGCACUAUCUGUAUCUUUGUUCUCAUUUUUCUCAAUUCAUUAACCAAAUUGAAAUUCAACAUUCCAAAUUCACGACCAGGUAUGGUUACCACCAUCGAGACUCCGGAAUCUAUUAUUGGUGGAAAGGAGAAAGAGCGUAACGCCUCUGUGACCAAAGAGUCAGAGGAAGAGGGCAAGAAGACAACAGCGGAAACGGACUAUGGUUUAUGAAGAGGAUACUAUACCUGCUAAGUGAUGUAGACUUUCGUCUCGACGUUUACCGGUUGAUGUCACUCCGGCGCGUGACUAAGUAACAUAAUUCUUCGUACUCUCGCAAGGUAUGCACGACGUAUUAUAUGCGUUCUGUACUACGUUUAAUCCUUUUGUCUUCCCCUCACCCACAGCACCUUCUACUCCCUGAUCCCCACUUUCAUUCCCCUCCGAGCGCGAAAAGCUGUACGGAAAGGAUGGCACCACCGGUCUCUUGGCUUCCUUCAACAAGUUGCAGCCAGGCUGCGACUACUGGAUGCUGGGAUCGCAGGCUCGCUAUGCCGCCAUCGACGAGGAGAUCCGCACGUUGGAUGAGGUCAAGCAUGUCCUCUCCAACCAGGACUUGGUCUUCGACGAGUCCGACACCAUGCAGAUGGAGGCCCGUGAGAAGGGUGCCGACUCAAAGGACCACGCCUACGAGGCUGUCGGAUCUAGAAGCACCUAA